AUGUUGAAUAAUCAAAAUCAACCGACACCUGGACCAUUAUCUCACAAUUAUCAACAGCAACAACAACAACAAUUGUUGAACAAUCAAAACCAACCAACACCUCGGCCGUUAUCUCAAAAUUACCAACAGCAACAACAAUUGUUGAACAAUCAAAAUCAGCCAACCCCUGGACCAUUAUCUCAAAAUUACCAACAGCAACAACAAUUGUUGAACAAUCAAAACCAACCAACACCUGGACCAUUAUCUCAAAAUUACCAACAGCAACAACAAUUGUUGAACAAUCAAAAUCAGCCAACCCCUGGACCGUUAUCUCAAAAUUACCAACAGAAACAACAAUUGUUGAAUAAUCAAAAUCAGCCAACCCCUGGACCAUUUUCUCAAAAUUACCAACAGCAACAACAAUUGUUGAAUAAUCAAAAUCAACCAACACCUGGACCAUUAUCUCAAAAUUACCAACAGCAACAACAAUUGUUGAAUAAUCAAAAUCAGCCAACCCCUGGACCGUUAUCUCAAAAUUACCAACAGAAACAACAAUUGUUGAACAAUCAAAACCAACCAACACCUCGGCCAUUAUCUCAAAAUUAUCAACAGCAACAACAAAUUUUGAGUAAUCAAAAUCAACCGACACCUGGACCAUUAUCUGCAAAUUACCAACAGCAACAACAAUUGUUUAAUAAUCAAAACCAGCCAAUACCCGGACCAUUAUCUCCAAAUUAUCAACAACAACAACAAAUGUUAAACAAUCAAAAUCAACCAACACCUAGACCAUUAUCUCCAAAUUAUCAACAACAACAAAUGUUGAAUAAUCAAAAUCAACCGACACCUGGACCAUUAUCUCUUAAUUAUCAACAACAACAACAAUUGUUAAAUAAUCAAAAUCUGCCUACCCCUGGACCAUUUCCCCCAAAUUAUCAACAGAAACAACAAAUUUUGAGUAAUCAAAAUCAACCAACACCUAGACCAUUAUCUUCAAAUUAUCAACAGCAACAACAAUUGUUAAACAAUCAAAAUCAACCAACACAUAGACCAUUAUCUUCAAAUUAUCAACAGCAACAACAAUUGUUGAAUAAUCAGAACCAAGCAACGCACAUGAAUCGACCGAAAUUACAGCAACAAUUUCUACAGAAUAAACAACAUCACCAACAACAACUAAACCCUACACAAGGGCGAAACUCACAAUCUAAUAAAUCGCAACUGUCGCCAUCAAAACAAAAUCAAAAUCCAAAUACAAAACACGCACAACAACGCACGAAUCAGAAAUCAAUGUUGUCUCAAUCACAAACUAUUCUAUCUCAUCAAAAUAUGCAACAACCGCAUCGACAAACGUUUAGCUCCCACACAGUACAGACACCUCUACCACAGAUACCAACUUUAGCAUCCGCAUCAAAACCAGUAAAGUCCAAUGCUGUUCGAGGAAUACCUUUAUCAAUUGAUGGACCUGGGUUAUCAGCUUUUAACCAUGUCCCAUCUACAAAAAGACAACCACAGGCAAAGGGUACAUUGAAAAAGACGCCAACUCCCUUCCCGUCUAGAAAAGUGAACAGUCGAAAAAACGGACAAAGACGAAGAAUUCCACAUGAACGAUACAUAAUGUACAGAUCAACUACCACAUCAUCUCCAAGGCAUUCUGAGAGAAGGAGACAAAGAAAUCAUGGCAAACGUAUUUCUCGCCCUUCAAAAGAAGUAACAACUGUUCCUUCAACAAAUAAUUUCCCUAAACGUCCUCUGAAGCCCAUGCGUUUGUGGAACUCAUCUCCUAAUACUUCUGCUGGAAAUCCGGUAUGGAGACAACCGCUGGAGCAGAUACAGAGAACACAAUCCUCUCAUCCAACACCAAUUGUUCCAAGUCCACCAAAUACACCGUCAACACGAGGAUCUGUCAACGGUGGGAGCUAUAUUAAGAAUUGGUUUCAUCCUAGGAAAUUUGGUAACUCUCACGGCAAUCCACAUGAAUCUGUACAAACAAGUUAUUCCGAAACGGGUAACAGUAUUAAGUCACAAACCAAAAAUAACAAACAGACGGGUUCAGUCGGAAGGCAACGUACACGAUCCGAACAAAUAAUAUCUCAACAAACCAGGAACGGGCGUCGGCCUGGUAUUAGAUUAUUGUCAAAAGACACACAACAGUCUAAAGAUCUACCUAAAAGAAAGAAACAACCAUACAUGAAUAAUGGUCAUUACAGUUUUAAAACUACAGCCAAACCUUCAAUAACGCCUACUUCAGCUCUGCCCGCCCAGAAAUCUAUGGGAUCAGCUGCAAAUUUGCAUAAUAAUGCAUGGAACAAGCCGAAUUCUGCUACAACAGUACCGCCAAUUUAUUCUACAGGCAAUACUUGGAACCAGUAUCCUGAAAAAGAACGACUAUUUUCAGCAACAGCAGACGCUUUCAAACUUGCCCCAGGAACUGUGAAUUUGAGUUUAAACGCACAUCUAAAUAAGAGUAAUGUCCAAAAUAACGUUUCAAAUCAGUCGACUGUAAGCGAUGUGAAGAAAAAUAAAACAAUUUCAAUAACGCAACAUAUAAAAACGUCUAACAAUGCAUCUCAAGGAAGACAUAACCAUGCGCAUGCGCCAAUCAACUUUAAUGUUUUCUUAGAAGUAAAACCUACACCAAAGCCACAAC